GACUAACCGUAUUAAUUUGGAGUAUCUGGAAUUUUAUUUCUCCCGUUGCUAAACUAAUAAAUUGUACAAGAAAAAGGAAUUUCUGUAUUUAACCCAAAAGAACCCAAAUAAUGAUGAAGACGCAUUUGUUUAAAAUAUUGUUUUUGUCGAUUCUGCUUCCAUCGCCGUCCGAAUUUCUGUCGGGUUUCAUCAUCAUCGAUUGAUUCGAAGACUUUUUGAUUCCUUUCGUAAAGAUACGAACCAAAAAUUAUCAUUAGAGUAUUCAGAAUCCUUCCGACUUUGUCUUUCAUUUCCUACACUUCUUCACCAACCGUAGGGGGCCCUUGACACCUAACUCAUUUCUUUAAUCAAUCUCUGCAAGCUUUCAAGCUGGCACUCUUUCCGUUUUGACCUCAUUCUCUUGGAUUCUCUCUCGAAUUCUUAGGGGUUUUAAAUCGGCUGGAGAAGAAAUUAGAAGUCAAAUGGCAAUUGAAUCGAUGGAUGGUCGCGAUGAAGAGACGCCACUGGUUGUUGAUACUUUGGGAAGUGAAACUCCCAAAAAUCGAACGAGGGACGUUCAUAUUUUGAGCUGUGCCUUCUUGUUGGUCUUCCUUGCUUAUGGAGCUGCCCAGAAUUUGGAGACUACUGUUAAUGCUGAAGGAAACUUGGGAACGGUGUCGCUUGGGAUACUUUAUGUAUCUUUUGCGUUUUUCUCAUUGUUUGCAUCGUUGGUGGUUCGAGUACUGGGGUCGAAGAAUGCUGUGGUUCUGGGGACUACUGGUUAUUGGUUGUACAUUGCUGCAAAUUUAAAGCCUACAUGGUAUACCAUGAUACCAGUUUCCCUGUACAUGGGUUUUGCAGCCUCAAUAAUCUGGGUCGGGGAGGGGACAUAUCUUACUUCGAUUGCACGCAGUUAUGCUAAAUAUACCAACUUACACGAAGGAACUGUGAUUGGCAACUUCAAUGGAGAAUUUUGGGCAAUGUUUGCUCUUCACCAGUUCGUUGGUAAUCUUAUCACGCUUGCGGUGUUGCAAAAUGGAGGGGAAGGAAGUACCAGCAACACAACUUUGCUGUUCAUUGUGUUUCUUUGUAGUAUGACAUUAGGUACCAUUCUUAUGUGUUUCUUACGUAAAAUUGAAGACAAAGAAGAGAAGGUUUCAGCAGAUUCUUCUGUCAGUUUUUGUUCUGCUGUGGUAUCUCGGUUGAAGUUAGUUAUCAAUCCUUUGCUUGACAUACGGAUGCUGUUGAUCAUUCCUCUUAUUGCUUAUUCAGGAUUACAGCAAGCUUUUGUGUGGGCUGAUUACACCAAGGAUGUUGUAAACCCAAUUCUUGGAGAGGCUGGUGUUGGUGGUGCAAUGGCAGUUUAUGGGGCUUUUGAUGCAAUUUGUUCGCUGGUGGCUGGUCGACUCACAUCUGACCUCAAGUCAAUAACUUUAAUAGUUUGCGGGGGAGCUUUUUUUCAGGCAGUGAUAUUCCUCUGGCUUUUGCUAAAAUAUAGUGCUGCUAGUGGAGUGCUUGGCAUAGUAUACCCACUUCUUAUGGCAGCUUUACUGGGCAUUGGUGAUGGGGUAUUGAAUACUCAGCUCAGUGCUUUGCUUGCUUUGCUAUUCAAGCAUGACACGGAAGGAGCAUUUGCACAGCUGAAGGUGUGGCAGAGCUCUGCGAUUGCAGUUGUGUUCUUUUUGAGCCCGGCCAUCACGCUGCAUACAAUGGUGGUGAUUAUGCUUGCUGCAAUUUUUGUUUCCUUGGUUUCAUUUCUAUUCCUUACUCUAAAGGUAGAGAAAGCAUUCUCUUAGCUCUGAUAUUUCAGCAAGCUAUGGUUAAAUCAAUG